GCGAGCGCGGAGCGGCCGGGAUUGCUGUCAGUGAUUAGACGUGGCACGGUGCGCGGGCCAACGCGGUGCGGGGUAACAUGGCGCAGUGGAGGCAGGAGACGAUAUUGAAGCUGAUCGGCGCGUACCGCGCGAGGCGGCUCCUCUGGGACCACAACGCGCCGGACUACACCGACCGGAGCAAGAGAAUCUACGCGUGGAAGGAGAUCGCCGACGAGCUCGGGUGCGACGUGAUGACGGUGGAGAGGAAGCUGAAGAGCCUGAAGACUCACUUCAUGUCGGUCCACAAAGCGUACGCGAAACGCAGGCUGAAGGCCGAUCUGACCCCCGGCAGCGUCAUCAAGCCCAAAUGGUUCGCCUAUGAGGCCUUGACUUUCCUGAACAAGGGACGCCUGACGCGAAUCAAUCGCGAGACCCUCAACGUGGAGAAACAGGAGAUCUCGUCAGGCCGCGACGAAUUCACGGUGUUCGCCGAGCACGUGGCGAUUCGGCUGAAGAAUAUCACGGACGUGCGCGCGCGAUUGGUCGCGCAGCAUCAGAUAAACAACAUCCUGUUCGAGGCCGAGAUAGGAAAGUACAACAUGCAACCCUCCUUCGUCCCGGACAACUCGGAGGUCAUGGAUAACCUGGACAUCGAGCCUUCGACGUCGAACGAGGAGAAAGUGUUGAUAAACAACAUCCCUCACACAGUCUAAUCGCGGACCCUCCCACCGCGAGCUGCAUGUUACCCCGCGUCAUCGUCAUCCCGAAAUUUUCGGCGAUUCGUCGUCGUCCGCCUCACGCACGCGUUCACGCAUCGGCCGAUUUGUAUUCGGUCGUCGACAACGAUCCUUCUCGUUGCUCGCCGCAAAUAACAGCGAACGAUGAAAGCCGUCUCCUUUAGCGGCGGCUCCCCCGCGGAGCCGGGGCGUACGUUUGGCAUGUCGCUGAAUUCGCUCCGCCAGGCGUGGACUCUAUUUAUGUGCCUUCGUUUUGCCCGGCGUGUCAUAUGCCGCGGUCGUUACGAGCCACAAGAGCCGCGUCGAAAGUCCAGCUUUCGUCAGGCGGGGCCGAUAUAGGGUUUGAACCAGGGUUGACAAAUAACUUGUUUUUUUUAUUUUAAACAAAAAACAUUGAUUUUUGUCUAAGACAAUGUUUUUUGUUUUAU